UGUGGCCCGUUUUCCUACCAUGGAUGCACGUCUGCUGAAGCUAGUCGCUCUCUGUGCAGCUGUCGCGGCUGUCUGUGGACAGGCGGGGGCGCCUGGGCGCAAACAGCAGGCGGCUCGGCGUCCGGCGUCCACCACGAAGCGUCCCACGACGGAGGCGGCGGGAGCGGACGACACGACGGAUGAGUGUCCGGAGCCAAACGGCUACUUCGCCGACGCCUACCAGUGCGACAAGUACUACGAGUGUAUCGAUGGAGUCAUCACAGAGAAGCUGUGUGCAGACGGCAUGGUGUUCAAUGAUUUCAGCCCCAUGCACGAGAAGUGUGACCUGCCCUUCAACAUCGACUGCUCCCAGCGCCCCGAGUUGCAGGAGCCACAGCCCAGCCUGCAUUGCCCGCGGAAGAACGGCUACUUUGCUCACGAAGAGCCGCACACCUGCGACAAGUUCUACUACUGCGUGGAUGGCAAGUUCAACAUGAUCUCCUGUCCGGACGGCUUGGUCUACAACGAGCGGACAGGCAUCUGCACCUGGCCUGAUGAGGCCAAGAAGAAGGGCUGCUCGUCGGAAGAUGUGUUCAAGUUCUCGUGCCCCAAGGUGGCGACGACAGAAGCCCAGCAGCACCCGCGCUACGCCGACCCAGAGGAUUGUCAAUAUUUCUACGUGUGUAUCAAUGGCGAGGUGCCCCGACGCAAUGGUUGCAAGAUGGGACAAGUGUUCAAUGACGGCAGCAAAACGUGCGACUGGCCCAGGAAUGUGCCCGAAUGUGCUGAGUGGUAUAAAGGCAUUCUGACGGAUGAGCAGUUGGCAGAACUGGAGGCCCCCAAGCCGAAGAACCGAACGAGGGGGGAGGAAUACAAGACGAGGAACGGGGGUGGAAAGCUGCGGCCAAUCGAAGUGGAGUAGUAGCAGAUAUUGUGACAAACUGAACACACACAAGAAACAUCAUCAAUCGAUUUACUAACCAGGCCAAAUCACAAUAAACGUAAAAUAGAUUUGUAACGUUCCAGGUACCUCCCUCUGCACACGGUCUCACCCUAGUACAUUUCUUAAUGUUUCUCAUGUUCUGGUUUCAUGGUUGGGUGCUACACGCAAGUGCAUUUUGCAUUUUUAAGAGUGGUCUUUAAAUCUACUUCUGGGUUUUCCCACUUCUCUGUUUCUCUCCUCUGGGAUUACGUAGUAUAUAUAUGGUCUACUGUUCUCAUAAUGGUGUCCAUGAAGAUUUCUGGGACAUAGUGCCGUGUACUCCGUUGAAAGUCAACCGACUUUUUUAGAGGAACACUUGGCCUCGGUGUACUCGACCCUGAAAACAUGGACUUUCAGCUAACUACAGAGUGUUAUAGAACUCUUCGUAUCAGCCUACUUCGUUGUGUUUCGGAAUUUCUGAUAAUUACAAACACCGACAACAGUGAAUAUGUAAGGGCCCUUUGUUCUGCUUUCAAUUUCAGAGCAUUCACUUGCCAGAUCUCUUCUCCAGGCGCAUGCCACAUGUCAGGAGCUGCAUCCGGAGAAACUUGUUUGUAUUUUCCUCACGCCGAAAUGUAAAGCUGUUACUUAGAAUCAUGCAAAAUAUACAGGGCGCUAGAAAGUUCUGCCCCGAAUUGCCAAUAAAAAUAAAAUGUUUUUACACGUUCAA